AUGAUCUCCAGUGUUACUGAAAUCAGAUUCCCCUCGUUGGAUCCCGAAACCAACCUCAAAUUUGUUUGUUAUUUGAAAGUGCUCCGACUACUGUUUGAUCAGCUCUCUGCCAACUCGUUUGUGUCAAAACGUCAAAUAUACUAUCGCGAUGUGACUCUGUUUAAAAAACAGGCCGUGAUCAACCAGUGCAUUGACGACUAUGCGUGCUCGUUUGGAGUUUCCAUCGAAAGUUUGGGGGUGGUUGCAGCACAAAAGGGCAUAAUUUUUGGGGAUCUUAAAUUUUAUUAUAAAGAUAGAUUGGUCAGUAUCGAGAAAACCGAAGGGUCUGCACUCUUGCCGCUGAUUUCACUCAACUCGAACCACGAAGACUUUUCAUUUCUGUCUCCUGCCCCAGAAGAAAUAGUGGUGGUGGAAAAAGAGUCUGUUUUCGCCAAACUGUGUGAUAACGAGAAGGAUUCAAACAAAAUAUUCAUCACAGCUAAAGGAUUCCCGGAUAGGCUCACCAAGAGGUUCUUGUACCAUCUGACCCAACACUAUCCGUCAUCCAGAGUUUCUGCUCUUGUGGAUAGCGAUGUUUACGGACUGAUGAUCCUCAAGGAGUACAAAUAUACUCCGGCAAUCAAAAUCACACAAUCUACAGAUAUCACCAUCAAGCAGGAGACAGAAUGGGCCAACAAAUCGUCCCCCCUGAUUGACGAAACAGGGAAACUACAAACUUGUUGGUACGUUGCCCCAUGUUCAAGACUAAAGUAUAAGGGAACGUUCUUGUUCGACAAACAAAACCAGUUGGGACAUCUCGAUCUUAUACAACGGGAUUUUAACAGUAUGCGGACUUUCCUGCGUACAUUGAUAAACCUACAGGAAGUUUCUCCGGAUAAUGAGCUGGCAAAAGUGGUUCGAGAAGUACAGAUUGGGAUGUUUUUCCUUAAAAAACGCGAGAUGGAUUAG